UGUGUGACUAUGCUGACGGUGUUGUUGAUAUUGGUGGUGUCGGCGGUGGCAGGGAGCUCUGCAGAAGCAGAGUCUCCUCCGCCGUCGACGCUGCCUGCUAUCAGAAUUACUGCUCUCUUUCCAAACCUUCUCGAUUCCGACGAUUCCGGUCAGAAAGCAACUAAAAACGGCUCAAAUCCGACCUGCAUGGUGUUGACAAGGUUGUGUCACGAUGCGAACUUCAAAAAACAAAAACAACAAGUCGUAUACAAAGCACUGUCAUGGGACGCGAAGCGAAGGCUUUUGCAAAGCACCUCCGUAUAAUAUGACUCUUAAAUACAUUGAGACCCUAUAUCGGCAAGGGCCCAACGUUGCAGCUGAUAACUAUUCCAACGAAUAAUGGCUAUCCGAGUCCUAAGAGACUAGCACGUGCAUUUAAUAAAGUGCGAGCCCUGUAUCUACGCCUUUCUAUGGUACUUACGUAUUGAAUUCGCCUACAAGGACGGUUCCCUUUCUUACGGGAUCCCCGCAAUGGAUACGGCUUAGAUAUUAGCGAUAAGCGUACCUGGAGCGGCGGUGGAUCAUGAAAUGA